AUGGACAACCCUCUCGGUCCUACAAGCAGCGAUCCCAGCGCCCUCGCCGCCCAAGAAUCCUCCCCCUCCGUCAUCUUCCCCUCCUUCACAUCUACAACCGCCUGGUCUCUCGGUCUCGCCCUUCGAUCCCGCAUCCUCUCACUCCCCUCCGAGCAGCGCAAACCUGCCAUCAUCUCCAUCGCGCUCACGGGUGGCGCAGAGCCCCACGUCGUCUUUCAAUGCGCCACUGAGCCUGGCACCGUCCCGGAUAAUGAUGUCUGGGUGCGGCGGAAGCGGAAUGUCGUGUUGCGGUGGGGUGUGUCGAGUUGGUUGAUGCGGAAUAAGACGCUCGUUAGUACCGGUGCUGCGCCGGCGGAGGUUGAGACGGCUUUUGUUAGGAAAUUUGCGCUGCGCAGUUCGAGUGGUGGUGCUAAUGCUGACGACUAUGCUAUCCACGGUGGCGCGUUCCCGAUUCGAGUAAAGGGUGUCGAUGGUGUGGUGGGUGUCAUCGUCGUGAGCGGUCUCAAGCAGGAACAUGAUCACCAAGUGGUGGUCGAUGUCGUGCAGGACUUUAUCCAGCAGGGUUCCAACUAG